UUAUAAUCAUCGUUAGAAUGGCAGACCCAAAAACUUUAUGAGACAAGGAGGAUUAUUGUAAUUAUGAUGAUACUCCAGAAUUUGAGAGGUCCAAGCUGUAUCUCUGUCAGGAAGGGGAAGAGAAAUAAAUCGCCACAAAUGCCACCGAUAUUUACGCCUAAAUAAAAGAGUGGAGAAGUCAACUGAGCGUUACUCAACCAGCAAGUUUAGUUUCUCCUCAAAUGCCAAGCUCAAAGGCUUUACUCAGGAAGCUCUUUGCCAGAGUAUUGAACUGCUCCAACUGGAGAUAAAAGAUGUAAAGGAGCGAGAGAAAGCUCAGGAAGAUAUGUAUAAAUAAGAUCAUCGACGCUUUGAAGUCAGAAAUUGAAAACAGCGAUAUCGCCAAGCACAUCGAGAUAAUUAACUAUAUGCAUAAGACUGAGGUGACCCAUCUCAACAAGCGGUUUGACACCCAGAUUGGCAUGAAAGACAAGCACAUCAAGGAACUUGAGGAUAAAAUAUAGAUAGUUUGAAAGACAAGAACAAAUCUCUCGAGACCACCCUACUCUCUAAGACCAAGGAAUUUGAAAUAUGCACUAAGGAAGGGGAGGCCAAGAUGAAGGAGAUGGAGAUCAGGCUCAAGUCACAUGAUGACCAGCGUCAGGAAUUUAUAGACAAGAUCAACCCAGAAAUCAAGCAGCGUGAGAGCCAUCUUAUAUACGAGUUUGAAAAUGAACGCAAGCGCAUUAAAAGUAACUAUGAGGAUAGUAUUAAGUCCUUAAGGACCAUGUUGGAGAGCGAAAGGCAUAAAUAUUCCAAUAAGCUAGAGAAAUCGAAUGAAACUAUUCAAAAGCUUACAAAGAAGCUUGCAGAGUACAGAAGUUAUAAGGAGAAGGAAAGUAAAGAGCUCAAUAAAAAGCUCAAACAGUCUUGUAGUAAAUGAAAGAACUAUGAGGGUCUUUUAGAGACCAUGGAGGCAAUUGAAAUGGAAAAGGACGACGCAUAUAAUAAGAUAGCCAUGCUAGAGGGAGAAAUAAUGCAACUUAAGGCUCUGAGGUCUAUUAGUCUAAAUAAAUCUCCAGAUAGGAAACAUGCAAGUCAUAAAAAGGUCGAAGAAACUCAAGGGAUAAAUUCAUCUGAUCUCUCUUGACCAAAAACACCGCCUUGUUCAAGCCCAAUUCAAGAUCCAAAGGUGUAUCAAAAAUACAGAGAUUUUCAGAACAAGUUUACUAAAACCCAGAAGAUGUCUGUUUAUCCCUCUCAGAAGACAAUCGGUCAAGGAUCAAUUGAAUUCACCAAUAGCUUAUCACUUUCAAAGAAGUUUGACUCUAAACCUCAGGCUGAAGGUGUAAAAUCCCUCUCUAGGGAGAGAAACAUAAGCAAGAGUAGGGUUCAGGAUGCUAAAUGAGUGCCUCUUUCGACUCUUUCUACUCUCUGCAAGCCGAUAAAUACCAUUAGUUCCCAAGAAAGGGCCAGGAAUACUGAAGAAAGUACAUCUAUCUGUCUUGACAAGCAUCAGGAUUUCAGUUCCAGAAAUGAAAAUAUGUAUUCCGAGCCUAAGUCAGAUCUUCUCAAAAAGAAGGAGUCCAAGCUGAACAUCGACUCUGGAAGAAGAGGCUCAGAGCACGAAACACUUAUUGCAAGUCCCUUCAGUAAUCUCUGUAGGAAAGCCUGAUUGAAAAGUAUAUCGGGCCGAAAAUGAAAACGAAACCUGGCAAUUUGAACAUGCCGAAAAUGAUAUCAACUCAAAUGACUGCAAGGCUCAAUAAAUUAAACCCUGAGUCAAAGGAAAACAACUCGAUCACGACUAGAGAGGAUCUUGAGGAUUUUAACAACAAGUUUGUGAAUAAGUACCAGAUCUCUGUCUGAGGAGCAAACUCCUUAGAAGACAGUAAAGAUCCGAGUCUGAUUAACUAUGGAAGCAUUAACCAUCCUAGUGAGGAACACCGGAAGGUCUCUACUGUUAAGAAUUUGAAGAAAUCGUUAAAUUUUAAAUUUCCUAGUAGAAAACCUAAUAAGAAAAUCCUAAGAAAUAGUGAGAGUAUGAUGUCUAUUAAGGAAAACUACAAUAAUUCCUUAUUUCAGAAGGUCAAAAAUGAACGGAAAUAAGGACAAAAGUAGGAAGAUUGGGAGGAAAUCAGCCUCUAUAACAGAUAUCCCAGCUCCUGAGUCUGAGGACAACAAAUCUCACACUCCUAGCCAGAGGACUUUGAUAGAGAGUUAUCUUUGAGGAAAUAUUAAGUCGUCAAAUGAAAAUUUUCAUAGCAAGAAAACAAGUAUUAAGAGCAUGUUAGAUUUGAACCAGUAUUCUUCGAAUAGGGUUUUGGAGAAUGGCAGUCGGUUGUCUAACCAGAUGCCUACCUUCUCAAUUGAGGUUCCGAAGCCAUCCAAAGAGUC